AGAGUGUGGAGGGGUGGUGGGGAAGGGGCUGGGUUAUGCACGGAGGCUGAAGCGGCUGCCUGUGUUCGUGAGCCGCUCUCGUGAACAUCACUGACUACGCGCUCAGACACCGCGUGCCCUGCUGCUACUGCUGCUGCUGCCGUUACGCUCGCUUAACAGCACGUAGACCGUCGUCGUUAUUUGGUCGCGUCCCUUUAUUUAUCUUCUCUCUUCUCUCUCAUCUUCUUCUCCCCUUUUUGUGUUGCUUUAUUAUCCUGAGGGUCUGGCGGUGCGAGUCGAGGUGGCGGGCCGGCGUCGUCACCGCUGCCUCUUGCGCUCGCUGAUUGUCGCCUCGUUCGUUCCGACAGCGGCGAUUUAAAUCAAUGUUUUUUGUCGUUGUCGUUGUUGUUGUUGUUGAAAAUGCUCAAACGCAGCCGCCGAGCUGCGUUUACGUAAAUAUAUAAACAGUCUCGCCUAAAUAACUCGAUCAGUAUUAAAACCGUUACCAUUGCAAUACGAUCGCCGUCACCUCCUCUCCCCUUCGCCUAUCGUCUCGCUUCCGUUUUUUUUAGUGUCUCGUUGUUUUCAUAAUUAAUUCAGUACCGGCCCGCUCCAUUAAGUCCACCACCACCACCACCACCCCCUCUCCUCCCUAAGAUCACGAAACGCGCUCCAGGCGUUAGGCGGUGGGCGGUGUCAGCGGCGGGGAUGGAGCGAGGGAUGAUGAUGAUGGUGAUGAUCAUUCCGGUAGAUGGGGCAGAUUUCUUGACGUUGUUGAGGGCGCCGGGCGCUCGGCUUGCUCGGAUUACGUGCAGAGGGGACAUCUCGGUGAUCGCUCUCUCGCUCGCAUUGCCUUUGUAAAUACGUUUAGUUUAAUGGAAAUAACAAAAUAAAUAAUAUAUGAAUCGCGGCGAAUAGGUUGUUUACACUGAACCCAGCCUCUCCCCCGCUAUAGCCUUUGACCGCACGUCUAUGCCGGCGUAUAGAUGUGUAGCCCACGGGGCCCACUGAGGAGCGACGCGAGAUAGCGAGCUAACGGAGGGGAACGAUCGACAGCAUCCUUAACCACCGCGAGAACAACCACCAGGCACAGCCCGUGUCUCUUCCAAGCAUCCAUGCUUGCACCCCUUCUUCGCGACCACGAGCGCGGAUGGCGAACAUCAUCAACAUCAACGUGAGCAGCAGCGGCAGCGGUGGAGGAGGAGGAGGAGCUGGUACGGCCGCUGGAGGUGGUGUCAUCUCGGCAGCGGCAUCAGCGGCCGGCCUCUACUUGCCAUCGAGAGAGCCUGCCGGGGGGAAGCUGGCGUCCCUGGGCAUCAUCAUCUUCGCCAGCCUGGCCGGGAACCUGCUGCUCUCGUUCCACGUGCUGCGCCAGAAGAGCCUCCAUCGCGCGCCCUACUACUUUCUCCUGGACCUCUGUCUAGCCGACGCGGCCCGCGCUGCCGUUUGCUUCCCCUUCGUCUGGGCCUCGGCCAUGCGCGGCUCCGUGUGGCCCUACGAGCCGCUGGGCUGCAAGGUGGUGGCCUUCUUCUCCGUGCUCUCGGCCUUCCACGCCGUAUUCGUGCUCUUCUGCGUGGCCAUCACGCGCUACAUCGCCAUCGCACACCACCGCUUCUACUGCAAGCGCGUCACCCUGUGGACUUGCGUCGCCGUGCUGUGCACUGCUUGGACGCUGUCGGUGGCCAUGGCCUUCCCGCCCGUCUUCGACAUCGGCACGUACAAGUACAUCAGGGACGAGGGCCAGUGCCACUUCGAGCACCGACACUUCAGGGCCAACGACUCGCUGGGCUUCAUGCUCAUGCUCGUGGUCAUCAUCGUGGCGACGCACGUCGUGUACGCGAAGCUCGUCUGCUUCGUGCACGAACAUCGGCGCAUGAGACCCGCGCAGGUCGUGCCCGCCGUGAGCCACAACUGGACAUUUCACGGGCCCGGUGCCACGGGCCAAGCGGCCUCCAACUGGAUCGCGGGCUUCGGCAGAGGCCCCACGCCGCCGACGCUCGUCGGCAUACGCCAGAACUUUUUCGCGCAGAACAAGAGGCUUCUGGCCGUGGACGAUUUCAAGGCGGAGAAGCGCAUCGGCAGGAUGUUUUACGCCAUCACGCUGGCGUUCCUGGCCCUCUGGCUCCCCUACCUGGUGGCGUGUUUCUGGAGGGUCUUCGCCCGCGGUCACACCCUGCCGCACGGCUUCGUUGCCACCGCCGCGUGGCUCACGUACGGCCAGGCGUGCGUCAACCCGCUGCUGUGCUACGCGAGCAACAGGGAGUUGCGCCGCUCGUUCUGGUCCAACCUGGCUCAGUGCAGGAAGAGCCCCACCGUGCCACAGGAGGCUUACUGUGUCAUCGGGAGACAGUGCGAGUAGAGGGAGAGGAGAGAGAGAGCGGAGAGAUGGGAGGGGGGGGGGGGCAACCACACCGCGGGUUUAGCCUUGAAGGUGGCAACCACCUUACCCCCCCCACCCACCACACACUCUCUCCACACCACGUUGACGGUAUCGUCUGAUUUUUACCAAUUUACGUCGUUCGAAAUGGUGUACAAUGUUUAAAAAACGCGCUGCGAGGUCGCGUCCCACCCCCCGCCGCACGCUGCACGCGACAAGAUUAUUGGUAAACACGCGCCGGCAGCGGAGGGGGGGGGGUUCGGAUUUCGAUUGAGCGAAUUUCCCCCUAACGUCAUGUGGGGCACACAGUACAGAGACAGAGAUCCCCCGUGUAGCCUUAGCAGGCUGUAGGGGGCAAGGGCCGUUGGCGAGUAGCACCUAUGAAGGCCGGCACGACACACGAGGGGGUGGAUGGCCAGCACCACGCCCG